AUGCAGUACACACGACCUGUCGGUUAUGAGAUGGACACGGACGAGCCGCUCGCAAAACGUUUCAAGCAAGAUGGAAGCGAUUCGCAGUCCGAGCAGAAUUUGAGCUUUGCAAUUUCUACUCAACAAACGGAUGACAAGAAAGGAAAAAAUAUUAGGGAUGCAACAUCCCAUCGCAUCACUGAAAAACGGCGACGAGAUCGAAUGAACAACUGCUUGGCCGAUCUGAACAAACUGAUGCCGAGUCACUAUUCGAAACAGAGCCAAGGACGUAUUGAAAAAACUGAAAUCAUUGAAAUGGCAAUAAAGUUAAUCAAGAGUCUUCAAACAGAUGUUGAGAAAAAUGAAUUUGAGAAAGGUCAAGACCCUAUGUGUCUGACUCCCCUGGGUGAGAAUGCCAAACCGUGUUGCAUCUCCAAGUUCUACAUGGGCUUCAAGGAGUGCCAGGACGAGGUCAUGCGCUUCCUUGUCGAGAACGAGGACAACAACAUGUCGGACCAAGUCUGUGUCUGCAUGAUGGAGUAUCUCGGCAAAGCCGCCAAGAAGUUCCUACCUACUGGGAGAAGGAUAAAGGAAGAUGUUGAUUACAACGGCACUUUGUCAUACCCAACUAGAAUGACUAGCCGUGGCUCUUCCGAUUCGUUAUCGCCAUCAUCUGCAGAUGGGAACAUUUCAAACGACAACUAUAUAAACUCCGACAGUGGCUUUACAAACAUGGAUUCGGCGUUUUCGUCCAUGAGCCUCCCUUUGAGAAAGUGCCAAACAGAAAGCGUGCAGUUGACCUCUAGCACAGCACAGGAGUUUUACGCAAAUUACAAAAUAUCCAAUUCAUCUAGCUGCUCUGGACAAGGCACCUACAAGUUCAAAUACAACAUCACUCAGCGUUUCGCACAACAAGCGCAGAAGGUCCAGCAAAGUGACACAUCCUCGAGCAGUUCCCACGAGGAGCAUAAUCUGCAGACGGCGAGACAAAGAAUACUGAAAAAAAUGCUGUUCAGCUACAGUCAUGGAUCGACGGCUUAUCCCAGUUCCAGCGAUGGCAGCUAUAAUCAAAGCGCCCUGCACAGCAGCGUCAAAUCAGCUGGAGGUCAAGCACAACCAGCGUCUGAUUCCAACAUCAACUUGUAUCUUCCUGGAUUUGUUCUUCACCCAUCUGGCAGUCACUACUUUCCCAUCUCCAUAGAUCCAGCAAGGGUUCCACAGUCGUACUUAUCCAGCAUUGAAGGUUCUUCUCUUGUUUUCCAUCCAAUCAGUAUACCAGUCCGUUUCUGCGGCCCAUGCAUUCCGGUAGGAGCAAACAUUCAGAAUCCUCAAUAG